GGACGGAGACUACAACUCCCAGCGGGCUUUGCGGCGGCGGCUGCCCCAGCGCUCGCCGGGCUGGGGAUGAAGGGCUGGAGCCCCAGCCGGGGGGGAAAGAUGGCGGCGCGGUUGAGCGGCGGGGAGAACAGGCUGGUGUCGCUGCCGCUGUCGCGGAUCCGCGUGAUCAUGAAGAGCUCGCCGGAGGUGUCCAGCAUCAACCAGGACGCGCUGUUCCUCACCGCCAAAGCCACGGAGCUUUUUGUUCAGUAUUUGGCUACACAUUCCUACAAACAUGGCAGAGGCAAGGAGAAGAACGCUCUGACUUACAGUGACCUGUCUCAUACAGCAGAGGAGUGUGAGACCUUCCAGUUCCUUGCAGAUAUCUUGCCCAAGAAGAUCCUAGCUAGCAAAUACCUAAAAAUGCUGGAAAAAGAGAAGCGAGAUGGGGAAUUGGGGGAAGAUGAUGAAGAGGAUGGGGAAGAAGACAAUGAAGAUGUAACUGUUGAUGAAGAUGUUGGAUCUUAAAACCAAUGGGGAAUUGCUUCAUAGCUGAUCCAUUUUCUGUCGUGUAAAGGAUAUUCUUUUUGUGACUCAGAAUCCAGAUGCUGGAUCUAUUUAUGUACUGAGCCAUCUGCUUUUGCUUUGUUUAAGAAGUUUAGAAACCAAACUUUAUACUUGCUGAAGAGUGGAAUUCUCCCCUCAGAACCGUGGUGGGGUGAGAAGACCUCAUGUCGAUCUGCCAGCAGAACUCGCUCAGGUGAUUUAAAAAUUACUCCUUCAGGCAAUCAUUGUCCAAAUUUAAAUUUUCUGACAGGCAGCUUUCAGUCCAGAAGCUCUUCUACCCUUUGACUAGAAGUCAGUUUGUGUUUCUCCUCAGAGCAGAAGAUGAGGGGAGGUGUUGUACACCGUGUCUACUCCUUGGGGAGCCAGUAACCCAUCACACCCUCCUUCUGUCUUCAGAGCAGUGCCAGGGCAUUAGCAGUGGACCAAGACCAUUAAAAAAGUCUGCAAAAACAGCUACUUCUGUAACACAGCCGAAAUAGCCACAUUGGCACAGAAACAGGGUGGGGAAUGAGAUCCAUUCUAAGAGCUGAGGUGGUUCUGUGGUGGUCAAAAGCACAGGUGUGAAAUAACUAUGUAAAUAUGUACAUCUGGAACCGUUUUUCUCUAAUGAACUCCUGCGGCUGGUUUGUGGUGUUCUACCAGAACACACACUGCAGUCUUAGAUGUGGAUUGUUGAGAAUGAGAAACCCUUCUACCAUGUGAGUGACAGAGCUGGAUUUUUCAUUUAUUUUGUUUCGUUUUUUUAUGGUAAAAAUGAUCACCGUCCUGUGUAGAAAUUUUUAUGCAACUUUUUAAAAUAAAUCUUUUGUAUGAAAAGUGACAA